AUGCGCUCCCAGCCAGCAGCGGUCCCAGCCAGUAGCCAGCAGCGGUCCCAGCCAGUAGCCAGCAGCCAGCAGUGGUGCAGCCUAGCUGCCAGCAGCCAGCAGUGGUCGAGCCUGGCAGCCAGCAGCUCACAGGACAGCAGCGGUCCCAGCCAGCAGCCAUCAGUGGUCCCAGCAAAGCAGCCAACAGUGCUCCCAGCCAGCAGCGGUCCCAGCCAGUACCCAGCAGCGGUCCCAGCCAGCAUCCAGCAGCAGUCCAGCCUAGCAGCCAGCAGCGUCCCAGCCAGCAGCGGUUCCAGCCAGCAGCGGUCCCAGCCUAGCAGCCAACAGCGGUCCCAGCAGCAGCAGUCCCAGCCAGCAGCAGUCACAGACAGCAGCGGUCCCAGCCAGGAGCCAGCAGUGGUCCAGCCUAGCAGCCAGCAGCGUCCCAGCCAGCAGCGGUCGCAGGCAGCAGCGGUCCCAGACAGCAGCCAGCAGCAGUCCAGCCUAGCAGCUAGCAGCGUCCCAGCCAGCAGUGGUCCCAGCCAGCAGCGGUCCCAGCCUAGCAGCCAACAGCACUCCCAGCCAGCAGCGGCCCCAGCCUGCAGCGCCAGCAGCGGUCCCAGCCAGCAGCGGUCCCAGCCAGCAGCCAGCAGUGGUCCCAGCGUAGCAGCCAACAGCGCUACCAGCCAACAGCGGUCCCAGCCAGCAGCAGUCCCAGCCAGCAGUGGUCCCAGCCAGCUGCCAGCAACGGUCCCAGCCAACAGCGCUCCCAGCCAGCAGCGGUCCCAGCCAGCAGCCGUCCAAGCCAGCAGCGGUCCCAGCCAGCAGCCAGCAGCGCAGCCACCAGCGCUCACAGCCAGCAGCGGUCACAGCCAGCAGUGGUCCCAGCCAGCAGCCAGCAGCGGUCCUAGCCUAGCAGCCACCAGCGCUCCCAGCCAGCAGCGGUCCCAGCCACCAACGGUGCCAGCCAGCAGCCAGCAGCCAGCAGCCAGUGGCGGACCUAGACAAAGGCGGUCCCGGCCAGCAGCCAGCAGCGGUCCCAGCCUAGCAGCCAACAGUGCUCCCAGCCAGCAGCGGUCCCAGCCAGCAGCGGUCCCAGCCAGCAGCCGGCAAUGGUCCCAGCCUAGCAGCCAACAGCGGUCCCACCCAGCAGCGGUCCGAACCAGCAACCAGCAGCAGCAACAGCCUAGCAGCCAUCACCGCUCCCAACCAGCAACGGUCCUAGCAAGCAGCCAGCAGGGGUCCCGGCCGAGCUGCCAACAGCGCUCCCAGCCAACAGCGGUCCCAGAAAGCAGCGGUCCCUAUCAGAAGCGGUCACAGCCAGCAGCGGUCCCAGCCAGCAGCCAGCAGCGGUCACAACCUAGCAGCCACAUGCGCUCCCAGCCAGCAGCGGUCCCAGCCAGUAGCCAGCAGCGGUCCCAGCCAAUAGCCAGCAGCCAGCAGUGGUGCAGCCUAGCUGCCACCAGCAGCAGUCCCAGCCAGCAGCAGUCCCAGACAGCAGCGUUCCCAGCUAGCAGGCAGCAGCAGUCCAGCCUAGCAGCCAGCAGCGUCCCACCCAGCAGUGGACCCAGCCAAGUAGCCAGCAGCAGUCCCAGCCUAGCAGCCAACAGCGGUCCCAGCCAGCAGCAGUCCCAGCCAGCAGCAGUCCCAGACAGCAGCGUUCCCAGCUAG